GUUAAAAUCGCUAAUUGGAGGCGGACCCUUCCAAAAAGCCCGUGCACUGUCCGGAGAAUUCGGCCCAACACGAGUCCCGAAAUGCCGAAAUGGAACUGAGUGCCGACGCCACUCUUCAGGAGGUCAUCGCUCGAGCCGAUUUUGUUGGGGGCAUAGACAACGAAGCCUUGGAUUUCAGCCAGUUGGAGGAUUUCAUCAAUGGAGAAAAUGAUCCCUCAAACAAUUAUUUCGCCGACACUCUGGCGAGCAACGAGAAAGUGGUCGCGCCACGCAUGUUGGUGCCCCCUCCGCCCCCGCCACCUCCAGUUUACAAACCACACCUCGAAGCCCCCUUCGCCACACACCCAAAUUUUUCGCUCGGCCCGAACAGACACAAUUUGCCAGAGAGUCCCCCCGACUCGGGUUCAGAGCCGCCAUAUUCACCUCAGGAACCAGGAGGACACUCGCCUCAGCAAAACAAAACGAUGGCACUGCCGGACAUGCUGAUCCACGACUCGUACAAACUGGCCGCCUCUUUAUUUCCGCCGCCGGCCGCCCCGAUGCCCGCGGCCAGCCCCCUGGUGCAGGCGCCCCUCCAGCAGCAGGGCAGCCCCGUCUACACCACCCUGCAGCCGUCGCAACAGGCCAAAAAGCGCAAGUUGUCCGACAGCGGCAACAAUGUCCAGGUCAAACAGGAGCCAGUCAAGUGCUCGCCGGAGCUGUCGCCGGACUCGAGCUCGAACCACACUGGCGUGACGGCGACCGUCCUCGACUCGCAGGACGACUACAGCUUCGACAUGGCCAGCAGCGACACCAGCUACCUGGACGGUGCUUACCAGUGCAUCAGGUUUCAACCCUUUCAACAGACCUCCUGGCACACCCUUUGCGACCACGAAUUAAAGGAGCUGCCCGUGCCUCACUACCGGGUGGAUGCGGACAAGGGAUUUAACUUUUCCAACGCUGACGACGCAUUCGUGUGCCAGAAGAAAAAUCAUUUUCAGAUCACGUGCCACGUCCAAUUGCAAGGGGAGGCGCACUUUGUAAAGACGGCCGAGGGUCUGAAAAAAAUCAGCAGUUUUCACCUACACUUUUAUGGGGUCAAGGUGGAGUCGCCCACGCAGACCAUCAAGGUCGAGCAGAGCCAGAGCGACCGCAGCAAAAAGCCAUUCCAUCCUGUCCUUGUUCGUUCCAGGGUGGACCUGCACCCUGAGCAGCUGACCAAGGUCACGGUGGGCCGUCUGCACUUCAGCGAGACCACUUCCAACAACAUGCGCAAAAAGGGCAAGCCCAACCCGGACCAGCGCUAUUUUUACCUGGUGGUCGGCCUGCACGCACACUGCGCCGGCGACUGCGAGUAUCCCAUUGUCGCACAGGCUUCUGAGCGAAUCAUCGUCAGGGCUUCAAAUCCGGGUCAAUUCGAGAGCGACGUUGAGCUCGGCUGGCAGAAAGGGCAGACGGCCGACUCGGUGUUCCACGCCGGCCGGGUGGGAAUAAACACAGACCGUCCGGACGAGGCCCUGGUGGUGCACGGCAACCUGAAACUCACCGGCCACCUGAUUCAGCCGAGCGACCUGCGCGCCAAGGAGGUCGUCUCCGAGCUGGACACGCGGCAGCAGCUGCGCAACGUGCAGCGGCUGCGCCUGGUGCAGUUCCGCUACGCCAAGGACUACUGCGCACACGCAGGCGUCCAGGGCCAACCUGAGGACACCGGCGUCAUAGCACAGGAGGUGCAAAGGGUCCUGCCGGAGGCCGUGAGCUCGGCAGGUCCUGUCGUGUUGCCCAGCGGCCGCUGCAUCGAAGACUUUUUGGUCGUCAACAAGGACAGAAUAUUCAUGGAGAACCUAGGUGCCGUCAAGGAACUCUGCAAAGUCACCGACAACCUCGAGUCCAGGAUUGGACAGCUGGAGAAGAUGAGGGCCAAGAGGGUCGACUCCCUGAGCAGCGCUGGAUCAGUGACACACAAGAGGAGAAGGCCGGCGGAUGAAUCACUUUGGUGCUCCAACAGGCUCAUCCAAGUUGCCCUGCUGAUGCUUGUGUUUAUUAUGGCCUUUUGUCUCGUUGCAAUGGCCACGCUGUAUUUCCUGGAGUACCAGAAGCGCAGCGAAUCCGACUUUUUGAGGCACUCUUACAGUCACAAAAUAGCUGCGGCAACGCGGCGGCCAGCCACACGGCCGACGCGGCCAUCCAGCUCGUCGAGCAGCACAGCGGCCUGGUUCACAGCGCCGUCGAAAACAACCACAGCAACUGCACGGACCACGAUGGACAUGGAGGUGGACCACGGCCAGCCGCUCGGAGAACCGCCCGAUUGCACUGACGGAAUUUGUCCAGUUUAUUGCUGCCUCGCGAGCAACAGUGAGCAUUUGGGCGACGAGAGACCCUACGCAGAAGUUACGCCCGGAAGUAAUAAACUCGAUAAUGAGUACGCUAAAGGCACAAGCAGUGCCCCUCCUGUUAAAGAGCGCCAUCGGAGCAUAAACAAUGAGGUGCCGAGACGGCGCAGGGAAACCGGCCAUGACACAAACGGGCUCAGCUUUUCAGAAUUAGGAGUGUUGGGCAUACACCUGUCCGGGCGGCAUUUCAACGUCUCUCUAGGUCCGUCGUACUGCGACCACGAAUCGUCAGAGGUGGACAAAUGCCUGCAAGGAAUCGCGACAAACACGAGUCUCGUGGUGCCCAUCAGCGCCCACUUGACUCACGGACAACUCGCUCUCUCUUUCACACUCCCGCCGUCCCUUCAGGAACCUGUCGAAGAGUGUGAAUCAACAACCGAACCAACUGCCUGUCCCGGGCUGCAAAUCGAAAAUCCAGGCCCCACGCCGUCGUCGCAGCACUUUGUGCUGGACAUUUCGCGCUACGUUUCGGCACAUUACCGCUUCAGGGUGCCUCUCACGUCGUUGCAAUACGACGUGUGCAAAGCUGCUGCCUCAAAGGUGGGCACUGAUUUCCUCGAAGUCAACAUCAACGUGUACCGAAUGUGCACAGACUAGUGGUCCAAGAAUGCUGAUGUGAUAAUCGAUCGACGAGCUAUUUUUCCACCCCCUCCCCUCGCACUCAUAGCUGGCACCACUUAGUCAUCGUACGUGUACAAACAAGAUCUCUGCUCCUAUUAUUAAAAUUUAUUGAAAUGUAUUACGGUAAUUCGACAUCUAUGAUAAUUAUAAUUAUUAUACAUGUGUAACCAGUCAUUUGUUAAGUUUUAUCGUGUAGCUGAUUGAACCAAUAAAAUUGUCUUUUUAUUAAUAAAAA